AUGGCAGGAACAUCCAGCAAUGGCAGAAAGGUAAGAGAGGGCAAAAAGGAAACCAUCAAGGGGCGCUUAUCCGCCGAGUGUGAUUCUCCGCUGAACCUUCUUCCUCUUGAUCUUUGGGUGAGAAUAGCAUCGAUGGUUGCGGCGGGUCGGAUCCAGGAUCUCUUCAACAUGCAGGCGACCUGCACGGUGUUUCUAGACGCAGCUCGGUCACCUGUGGUAUACAAAGUUACCUCCAUGUCGGUGUAUCCCAUUGCGUCCUAUUUUUAUUUUGUUGAUCGUCCUGAUAAGAGAUUCCUAUAUCGCUGCGCAGACACUGGCAAUCUGGUCGCAAUGUUUCGGUCAGCGAUGAUGGACUUCUUUUGGAUUGGCCGCAAUGUCAGUGGAAUGGACGGUUUGAAUGAGGCUGCAACGGCGGGCGAUGUUGAAGCGAUGUACAUGUGUUCGAUGUUGUUGAUGUGUCACGGGAACGAAGACGACCAUCCAGUCUGCAGGGGGCAUGAAUUAUACGAGACAGUGGGUGCUUACGGGGCAGUCGAGAGUUGCAGAGAACUUUUCCAGCGGGUGUUUACGCAACCGUGGUUGGAGGUGAAGCCGUUUUUUCCCGGAUAUCCCGUGAUAUGCUGA